UAAAUGUCACAAAAUAAAAAAAUAUAUUUGCGGCCAAAUGAUGACGUCGAAUCUGGCUCGAGCGUUAAUGAAGAAAGUGAUGAAUUCGAGGAUGAAGCAUCAGAAACUGAAAUUACAAAAGCAGAAACUUCAUUAAAUUCUUCUGCCUCAGACGAAGAGAUGGAAGAAGCUGAAGAAAGCGAUAGCUCUUCCAAUUGUUAUGAAGAAGAUAUUGAAAGUGUAGAAGCAGUUGAGGCUCGUCGUAAAAAACUUCCAAAAUCGGUUGUAGAUGACCAAUUUUUCAAUCUGACAGAAAUGGAAGCAUUUUUGGAUGCUCAAGAUAAAGUUGAAGAAGAACAACGUAAGAAUCCUGAACGUAAUUUGGGCGAUUUUGACAUUGCAAAAGAGAUGGAUUCAAUAAUUCAAUCUUAUGAAGAAGAAAAUUUGAAGCCAAGGAAUUGGGUUUUACAAGGAGAAGUCGUGGGUGAAGAACGCAAAACUGAUGAAUUAUUAGAACAUUUAGUAGACGUUGAUUAUCAAGUUAGUGCACCACCUACAAUUAAUGAAGAAACUACUCAAAGAUUGGAGGCAAUAAUUCGAAAGCGUUGCAAAGAAAAGGUUUUCUUUUCUUUUUUGUUUUUUAAUUAUUUAAAGUUUUUUAAUGAUGUUGUUCGAAAAUUUCGUGAGAAUGAAGCAGCUCUGAUACCAACAGUUUACCGAAAUCAAACAGAAAUUGAACAAAAUGUUAGAAAAUCAUUGGCUGAAGUUUAUGAAGAUAAAUUGUCUAAUGCUCAAAAGGAAGAUAAGCAACAAGAAAAGAUUACUGCUGAAUUGGAUCCACAAACAGCUGAGAUUCAAAAAGAUAUGAAUUCACUUUUUCUAAGUUUGGAUGCUUUGAGUCAUUUCCAAUUUCGGCCACAGAUAUUACGAACUGAUGAGGCAAAAAUUGUUAAUAAUAUGCCAAGUCUUCGAGUAGAAGAAGUUGGUCCAACAGCAACUACAGAACCGGAUGUUAACUUAUUGGCACCGGAAGAAAUUAUUCGGAGGACUAAAGCGGUGCCAAAAUCUAAAAUAGAACGAACUGAGACCGACAAAAAGAGGGAACGCCGUCAUAAAAAGAAGCGACAACAUGUUAUUGCUUCAAUAAAUGCCAUAAAUGGGAAAAAUAGGGAUGAAACAAAAGAUGGAAAACCGGUUAAAAGAAGGCGAUUUGAGAAAAAACUCAACUUUGCUGCCGAUAUGGAUGCGUUGUUUGAAAAAGCGAGUAAAAUGGGAAAGAAAAUUAGAACGAAGGAAAUUGAAAGACCAGGUUGA